AUGGCCAUGGAAAUGUAUUUGGAUUUCCAUUCGAAUCUUGUGUUUAUAAUGAUCGCUGCGCUGGGAACUAUCGCGUGUGUGUCCAUCAGGCGGUUCUUUAUCCGCUGUCAGUUUACACGCAGCCACGGUUGCCAAACGGUCGCGAGAUCCUUUAAUAAGGAUCCUUUCUUGGGACUUGAUACAAUACCCGGGACUAUCCGCGCUCUUAGACAGCACAGAAUUCUUGAAAAAAGUUGCGAGCACUUCCGUGUCUACGGUAACACGUUUACAGCAAAGGAGCUGCAAAGAUGUGCAAUAUUAACCAUAGAGCCGGAAAACAUCAAGACAAUCCUGUCACUUAAAUUCAAGGAUUACGGCAUUAGCCACCGCCUUAAACCGUUUAAACCAUUGUUGGGGGAGGGGAUCUUUGACACCGACGGCGACCACUGGGCCUCAUCGCGCGCCCUUAUCCGGCCCAGCUUUACCCGUGACCAAGUAGCCGACUUGACUUCGUUUGAGAAUUUAAUUCAGGACCUCUUCUCACUACUCCCGCGUGACGGAAAGACAGUUGUGGACUUGCAGGAUCUCUUUUUCCGCUACACUAUUGAUUCUGCGACCGAGUUCUUGUUUGGACAAUCAAUUAGUACUUUGAAGAAGACUCAAUCAGAGCUUGGUUUUGCCCAAGCAUUUCAUUAUGCCCAGAAGGCUAUUAUAACACGAGACACGUUGGGCCCAUUGAACAUGUUCUACUAUAAUCAGAAGGCCGACGAGUGCAAUCGCAUCUGCAGGGAGUUUGUCCACCGUUUUGUCGAGGAAGCAUUCCACGCAGUCGAGAUUAAAGAGAAAGACAAAGAAGAACAAGAAACUAGGACGAAGCGCCAGAAGCAUAUAUUUUCACAUGAGUUGGCAUCACGGACAUCUGAUAAGCACCGCGUUCUGGAUGAGCUAAUAAAUAUUUUGUUAGCUGGUCGUGAUACUACUGCUAGUCUGCUCAGCAAUUUGUUCUUCGUGCUGGCUAAGAAUCCAGCAAUUUGGGACAAGUUACGUAGAGAAGUAGCUAGUUUGCAGGGUCGGGCACCAACUUAUGAGGAGCUUCGCAACCUUAGAUAUGUCCAGUGCUGUAUAAAUGAAUCUUUACGUUUACAUCCAGUUGUACCACGCAAUGAACGCGAGGCAGUACGAGAUACUAUCCUACCACUCGGGGGAGGCAAGGAUGGUCUCUCACCAGUCUUCGUGCCUAAAGACGCAGAAGAAUUCCGUCCAGAGCGCUGGGAGGAUGGAAAACUGCGGCCACGCUGGGGAUAUCUACCCUUUAAUGGCGGCCCACGCAUCUGCAUAGGCCAGCGAUAUGCUUUGACCGAAGUUAGCUAUGUAAUUGUCCGGAUGGCCCAGGAGUUCCGAAACUUGGAGAGUCGAGAUACAGGACCAUGGGAGGAAUCGCUGACCUUGACCCUGUCCUCCCGGAACGGAACAAAUGUGUGUCUCACUCCUGCUUGA